AUGCUCUUCAUCAAUACAUUGAAGGCGCCUUUCAUUACUCAUAUGUUAGGUAACGCAACCAAGAGCUUUGCAGACAUAGUAAUGUCUGGCGAAAUGAUAGAAAAUGCCAUAAGAUCAGGUAAGAUAGAAGUCAGGGAGAACACGAGAAGGUCAGCCCCGAAGAAAAGAGAGAGUGAAGUAGGUAAUGUGAGCUCAGGCUACGCAAAACUGACCACCGUUAAUCAGUCAAGGGCGAUAGUCACAGGCCAGCAGGCCUCACCAAGGCGGGAGCCUAACAUGAGACAGAAUACAGAGAAGUUUCAAUUUACUCCCAUACCAGUGACAUAUAGGGAGUUGUACAAAAGUCUGUUUGAUGCACAUGUAGUGGCUCCUUUCCACUUAGAGCCGUUGCAGCCCCCAUACCCUAAGUGGUACGAUACGAAUGCUCAGUGCGAAUACCACGCAGGGAUUAUGGGGCACUCGAUAGAAAACUGUACCUCAUUCAAAAGGUGCGUGGAAAGGUUUAUCAAAGCAGGUGUUCUAAAAUUUGAUGAUACACCUGGUACAGGAAAUCCGUUACCCAGUCAUACUGAUAAAGGGGUAAAUGCGAUAAUUGAGAAUGUGGGGAGGAAAGUCAAGCUGAAUAUCGCGGAGGUGACAACCCCAUUAAAGCUAGUUUGGAAUGAGAUGCAGAAGAGAGGUUUAGUCCCGCAAGGGUUGGGAGAUAAAAUCCAAGAUACACGGAACUACUGUGAGUUCCAUCAUGAGAAAGAUCACGAGAUCCAGAAUUGUAUUGAGUUCAGAGCCUUAGUACAGGGUCUAAUGGAUAAUAAGGGAUUGGAGUUCUUUGAGUCUGUCGAAGAGGAGGAUGUAUGCUCUCUAGGAGGAGAGUCGAGUGAAGAAGGUGGCAGAGCCAGUCGUCCAAUGAUAAUUAUUUCGAAGCCCAGAGUUAGUGAAGUAGAAGCAAGAGUUACACCAAGAGUUAUAAUCCAGAAGCCAACAGCUUCCCCUUAUAAAGAUAGCCAUAGGGUGCCUUGGAAUUAUAACUGUAGUAUAACAGUUUCAGAGAAGGAGGGUUCGAUUAACACGUCAAACAUAGAAGUCGAACCAGCAAAAGGGAAACUCGUCAUGUUUAAGAAAGAAGCAGGGGGAUCAGAAUCACAGGUUAAUGAGCCAGUAAUGGAAACUGAAGCCAAGGAGUUUUUGAAGUUCCUAAGACACAGCGAGUAUAGUGUCGUAGAACAACUACACCAACGACCGGAUCGUAUAUCGGUAUUGGCUCUGCUGUUAAAUUCGGAGGUCCACCGUAAAGCAUUGAUGAAAGUGUUGAACGAGACCUAUGUUGCGGAUGACAUUUCGGUUAACAAAUUAGACCGUCUCGUCGGUAACAUAAGCGCUGACAAUUUCAUCUCCUUCAGCGAUGAUGAGAUACCACCAGGGGGUAGGGGGUCUACUAAGGCUCUACAUGUCACUACACGUUGCAAGGGGUAUACGCUACCCGGAGUAUUAGUUGAUAAUGGGUCCGCAUUGAACGUGUUACCGUGGGCUACAUUAAACCGUUUACCUAUAGACAGUUCUCAUAUGAAGACGUGUCAGAACAUAGUAAGAGCAUUUGAUGGCACAGAAAUGAAAGUAAUGGGGAGGAUAGAAGUACCUCUUCAGAUUGGCCCAAACACAUACGAGGUAAAUUUCCUCGUGAUGGAUAUUAAGCCUUCCUAUAACUGUCUAUUAGGAAGACCUUGGAUUCAUUUAGCUGGGGCAGUGCCAUCCUCGCUGCACCAGAAGCUAAAGAUGGUUACUAAGGGUCGGCUAAUAACAAUAAAUGCGGAGGAGGACAUUAUUGCGUCAGUUACCAGUGAUGCACCCUACAUAGAGAAUGACAACGAAGCAGUUGAAUGUUCAUUUCGAUCAUUAGAGUUUGUAAACGCAAUGUUUAUAGCUGAAGGAAACAGGAUUCCGAUACCUAGGAUAUCAGGAGCUACGAAAAUGAGCCUGCAGUUGACAGUUGGGAAAGGGGUGCCAGAUGCAAGCCAAGUGAAGAAAGAGUUCGAGAGGAAACAGGAACAGCGGAAAGCGAGAUUGAGUGGGACAGAAGUCAGUUGGGAACCGAUGAGCUUCCCCCAUAUUUCCCAAACAUUUGUAGCUGGGGGGUUUAUUCAUUCUGCACAUGAGAGGAUAAAAGAAGGAAGGGCCGGAGAUGUGAUGGGAAUUUGGAACGUCAACGCCACAUUUGAAGAGGAAGCAAUAGAAAGGAAUUUAUCGGGCAUUUGCCCGUAUGAGCCUAGGAGUGUUUUGAAUAACUGGACUGUAGAAGAAAUUCCUGUAAUCUUUAGAGAUAACAUAGAGCCCCCGGAUGUCAACGUCAUGAGUAAUGCUGAUACGAGCCCGGAAUCUCCUUUUGAGCAAGAUAUGCGCUUUGAGGGAUUUCAAGAUUUUGAAGAGGACAAAGAUCGUGGUUUAUCUCCCGAUUUGUUAAGGAUGGUGGAGCGAGAAGAUGAACAGAUCCUGCCACACAAAGAGACUACUGAGAUUGUGGCCCUGGAAGAGGGGAAGGAAGUUAAAAUUGGCACUUGCGUUAAUGAGAAAACAAGACAGAACCUCAUUGAGCUGUUGCAAGAAUUCAAGGACGUCUUUGCAUGGUCAUACCAGGAUAUGCCUGGUUUAAGUACCGAUAUCACAGUGCACCGUGUCCCUACAAAAAAGGAAUACAAGCCAGUUCAGUAG